AUGGAAUUCAGCCACUUCGACGACUCAAAAAGCUCCAGCGACGACACCGACCGGUUAGACCCAACCAACGACGAGACAGGGAGCGCGGCGAGGUCCUAUGGCUGUGUCUUCUGCAAGCGAGGCUUCACCACCGCUCAGGCCCUGGGAGGGCACAUGAACAUCCACAGGAAAGAUAGAGUCAACAAGUCAAGGCCGUCAAACAACUCAGGCUUCUCUCCGCUCCUGAGCAUUAACCCUGACGAGAGCUAUGUGCCCCUCGGAUCGUUCCUCCCUACAUCGAGCUAUCCUCCAUACUAUUGUGGGUUGCCAGAACCAUCCACCGUCCACAACCCCAUGUACUUGCCGGCGUUGGUGUGGGGCGCGAGGCCCGAUCUACAUGGGCGAAAUUGCAAUGAUAAUAAUCACUUCUAUGUGCCAAGGAAUCCAUCCGAAGAGAGUACUUAUGAUGGAGAAGAGUGGCAGUGGGGGCGGAGCUUGCAAGUUGGCCCUUCACAUGUGGUAGAUGACAGCAAAGGGAAGAGAUCACAGGGCGGAGUCGAAGAUGAUGGUUUGGACUUGGAGCUUCGACUUGGUCACCACCCCUAA